GGCACGAUUUGGCGCGUCUUCUUGCUGCUGCUGCGACAGAGUCAGGGCUGCUCUGCGCGACCAAACGCGAAAGCCCGGGCGGGCGGGUUUCCUUUGCUGCUGCAUUGCAAAGGGGCAUUUAGUGUUAAGUAUACAUUUUCUGUAGAAAGAACUAAUGAAAAAUGGUUCUCAGCCUCGUUCGCAACCAAGGCGUCCCCGCCUUGGCCUAUCCUGUAAAUGAUGAAUCCGUGUUAUGGCCGUGUUCUCUAAAGAUCCUACACUCGGACGACCAGUUUGCCCUGUCUCUCGGACACUCUGUAUCAAUCCAUGGCGUUGAUGAUCCGCAGCUCUUAACCCUUCGCUAUGAAGGUGACAAUCUUAUCCCUGGGAAGAUGUCACUUGGAAAUGUUGAUAUCGCUCUCCCUGGUACAUCUUUGCAUGACAUUGCGCGACAUGGGAAACCUCGGCCCCGAAUGCUGUCGCUGACGCUCAAAGCGCCCUGUUCUGUGUGGUAUCCCCACACUUUAGGCAAGAGGGGGCUCGGCCUUCAUACCGGAUUCCACGAGCUUUUGACGCUGGCUAGGGCGACAGAAGUGCGCAUCUUGUUUGACAUCAACUGGCUUGAGAAGAGUAACCUCGCCCGGCUUCAAGGCGUCAUCGAGGGCUCUCGCCAGCCCACUGGAGUUCCAGCCAUUCCUCAGUUUACCCGUUUGUAUCAUCAAGCAGACUGGUCAAUUCUCAAUUGUAUCAAGGAUACCGAGCCUGAAGCCUUGCCUUCCAUCGAGAACGCGGUAGUUGGAGCCCCUCCUCCUAUUGAGGAAGCAGUAGAUGAUGCCCCGCCUCCGUAUGCGCGUGUGUCGGGCAAGCGCUCGCGAAAUGCUCGCACCAGCUUGACACCCGACUCGCCUUUACCGAAGCGUCUGCUCCAAGACCAUACAUAUCCGCGCUCUUCAAAAGAACGCGCCUCUCCCGCAUCACCUCUGAGCGCAAAAUCCACAGCCUCGUCCACUGCCACUGUGCAAGUGGACAUUUUCCAAGAUCUUGUCACGUCCGCCGUUGAGAAAGUACUCCCAGAUCUGAUGCGCGCACAAUUUCCCACCAUUCUGCAAGACCUUCUUCCAGGAAUACUCGCUGGCUCCUCGCCGUCGCCAUCCCUAUCACCGACACGACAUUCCAGCCAGCUCGCGAACACGCCCAUAAAGCAUCGUCCAAUCCCGAGUCAAAAACCCACCCCUUCGACGGUCGUCAAAUCUGUCAUAAGCGCCUACACCGAGACCCAUCUCCAAAGAAUACUUGCUGAUGCGCUCGAUCAAGCCUCGCAUCAAGCCUCUGAAAUUCACAACUCAGCUAACGCAGAGUUCGAGGAUCAUCUCGCUGACACUCGGCUUGACUUUGCCGCCCUCAAAGAAGACCACCUCACUGCCUUCAAUGACGAGUGCAACGAGAAGCUGGUCGAGUUCAAAGAGCGAUUGGUGGAAGAGAAAGACGAGGUAGAGGUCGAGGUCAAGGCACAUGCUGACAUGGUGGUACUCAAGACUUGGGAUCGCCUGAAUAGGGUGGACGGCGAGGUAUGUCCUCAGUGCAAGUGCGUUUGUAGUACCCGGCAUAAGCAGAGUGAGGUGAGUCAGGCGCGGAGGGCUAUAUCUCUGCCUCUAUAAGAGGGGACUAGGGAAGCCUUGAUUCUUGAUAGAUGACUUAUGAUAUUUGAUACUCUCUUGUAAUGGCAAAAGUAGCAAUGUAAACCUUGAUACCCCUGGUCAUUGGAUCCAUCUCGUCGUUCCAUCAUGUCUGUUCUCGAGGCUACUGGACUAGAUCAAGAAUUUCUGGACCCUGUGUAACCGAGUUUCUCAUCGGCCGGAGGUUUGCUUUUCGUGUGACUCGUCAUGCAGGUUGAGGUCCCAUCCGUCUUUAGCGCUA